AUGCCCAGCUAUGUGCCGAUGGAACUGCAGGUCCUCUCCGGCAUCCUCCCGAUAUCCCACAUAUCUUCCAUCCCUUCAUGUAUCCACUACGCUGCAUCGGUGCUGCCGUUGGAACAGAUUCUCAAGUUGAACCAUCCGGCUUCGUUGACUCCCCAGAAGGAAGAUAAGCGGACCUGGCGAGACGGGAUGCAACCUCAGAGUCACGCGGAUCAGGCAGUCCUGCGGUGGACCGCGAUGGAUAUAUUGACUGCGUAUGCGAACUACAAAGGGUGGGUGACUGCUAAGGCGGGGCGCCCAGAUGUGAUGAGGGCCGGUAAUGCCAUCCUCCGCCUCUUAGCCGAAGGACGGAUCCGUUGGGCUUUCCUGCCUCCG